AAAUGGUGCAACAACUAAAACAAAACACGGAAAGUUUGCGGUAAAGCGUAGUUUUUCGUGUAAUUUAUUUAUUCUGCUGUAGUUCUUAUCAAAAUCAAACAUGUCCUCUUCAGAAGCUAGGCUGGAGAUGUACGACGAGGGUGCGGAAUCGCCUUCCGAGUUGAUGAGCGGAGAUAUGACCGUAUCCAGCGGGACCCAAAAUUCGUCCGAUCCCACUGCACCCAACUUCAACACACUCGAUGAACCUAUUAAAGACACUAUCAUGCGUGACGUAAAGGCUGUCGGUGUCAAAUUCUACCACGUCCUCAUACCGAAGGAAAAGAACACACUCCUGAAGGAAUGGGACUUGUGGGGACCGCUGGUGCUGUGCACGUUCAUGGCCACGAUACUGCAGGGCUCGUCCGAUGAUACAUUCGAUGGAGGGCCCGAGUUCGCGCAGGUGUUUGUAAUUGUUUGGAUCGGUGCCCUGAUCGUGACGCUAAAUUCUAAGCUGCUCGGAGGAAAUAUAUCCUUUUUUCAGUCGGUGUGUGUUCUUGGCUAUUGUCUUACACCGUGCGCACUAGCCCUCAUAGUGUGCCGGAUAAUUCUUCUAGCAGAACAAACAACGUUUCUCUUCUUCCUACGAUUCCUCAUAGCGUCGGCCGGGUUCGGUUGGGCCACGUACGCAUCGAUCAUCUUUCUCGGUGAUAGUCAGCCACGGAACAGGAAAGCUCUUGCCAUGUAUCCAAUAUUCCUAUUCUAUUUCAUCAUAUCGUGGCUCGUCAUUUCGCACACCAAUGUGUAAUCGGACGCGAUGUGUUGAAUUUCAAUUAAAUUCCAAUUGUGAUCAGUGUAAAAAGCUAAAGCGGGACAAAACAAAUCGGAAUCCCGCAAUUGACUGAACCGGCGGGACAGAUGUGCACUAGUGUAGUGCAUUUUAAAGAGUUUCCACUAUACCCUCCGCCAGUUGAACGCAUUGCACCAAAGUCAAAAGAGGGUACACAUGACGACAUCACGACCAGCACACAGCAAUCACAGGUUAACAUUGACAGUAAGAACAGAAAGCUGAAAGAAAAACAACAAGACACACCUAGUGUAAUCGCAACUGUACUAAACCGCUGGCUAAAACUUUUGUAUUAUAAAACUUUCCACAUAUUAGAGUAAUAAACGAAUGGAGCCGCACCGAUGCGGAAGAUGAAAUGGCUUGUCUGCACAGUAAGUUUAGAACCUUGUAACUAAUUGCACGCCCU